AUGAAAAUGGAAGAAUUACAAGGAUAUUUAGAAAAAGAUGGAUCUAGGCAAAGGUACUUCCUAUUCCUAUAUCCACUUCUCUUUCAGGAGUAUAUUUACACACUUGCUCACGAUCAUGGUUUAAAUGGUUCGAUUUUUGUGGAAAUUUUAGAUUAUGACAAUAAAUCUAGUUCAGUACUUGUGAAACAUUUAAUUAUUCGAAUGUAUCAACAGAAUUAUUUGAUUUAUUCAGCUGAUGAUUCGAACCAAAAUCGAAUCGUUGGACACAACAAUUUUUUUUAUUCUCAAAUGAUAUCAGAAGGUUUUGCAGUCAGUAUGGAAAUUCCAUUUUUACUGCGAUUAGGAUCUUCCCUCGAAGAAAAAGAAAUACCUAAAUCACAAAAUUUGCGAUCUAUUCAUUCAAUAUUUACCUUCUUAGAGGAUAAAUCAUCACAUUUAAAUUAUGUGUCAGAUAUAUUAAUACCCCAUCCCAUCCAUCUGGAAAUCCUGGUUCAAAUACUUCAAUGCUGGACUCAAGAUGUUUCCUCUUUGCAUUUAUUGCGAUUCUUUCUCCACGAAUAUCAUAAUUCGAAUAGUUUCAUUACUCCGAAAAAACCUAUUUACGUGAUUUCAAUUUCAAAAGAAAAUAAAAGAUUUUUUCGAUUCCUAUAUAAUUCUUAUGUAUUUGAAUGUGAAUUUGUAUUAGUUUUUUUUCAUAAACAAUCCUCUUAUUUACGAUCAAGGUCCUCUGGAGUCUUUCUUGAGCGAACACAUUUCUAUGGAAAAAUGGGGCAUUUUUUAGUAGUGUGUUGUAAUUAUUUUCAGAAGACCCAAUGGUUCUUCAAAGAUCCUUUUCUGCAUUAUGUUCGAUAUCAAGGAAAAGCAAUUCUGGUGUCAAAGGGAACUCGUCUUUUGAUGAGGAAAUGGAGAUCUUACUUUGUCCAUUUUUGGCAAUAUUAUUUUCAAUUUUGGUCUCAUCCGCAUAGGAUUCAUAUAAACCAAUUAUCAAAUUAUUCCUUUUGUUUUCUGGGUUAUCUUUCAAAUGUACUAAUAAAUUUUUCCGUGGUAAAGAGUCAAAUGCUAGAGAAUUCAUUUGUAAUAGAUACUCUUACUAAGAAAUUUGAUACCAGAGUUUCAGUUAUUGCUCUUAUUCGAUCAUUGUCUAAAGCGAAAUUUUGUACCGUAUCCGGGCAUCCUAUUAGUAAGUCAAUAUGGACAAAUUUAUCAGAUUUGGAUAUUAUUCAUCGAUUUGGUUGGAUAUGUAGAAAUCUUUCUCAUUAUCACAGUGGAUCCUCAAAAAAACAGAGUUUGUAUAGAAUAAAGUAUAUACUUCGUAUUUCGUGUGCUAGAACUUUGGCUCGUAAACAUAAAAGUAGGGUACACGCUUUUUUGCAAAGAUUAGGUUCGGGAUUAUUACAAGAAUUCUUUACAGAAGAAGAAGAAAUUCUUUCUUUGAUCUUCCCUCAAGCUCUUUUUCGGUCACAUACAGGACGCAUUUGGUAUUUGGAUAUUAUCUGUAUCAAUGACCUGCGGAAUCUCAUGAUUGAUCAUAAAAUAAAACCCUAUAAUGAAUGCAAAUAA